AUGCUACCUUCUUGGAUUCUACACUACGCAACUUCCAAGCCUCUAGCCAAACCUCCCGUCUCGGUAAAUCUCCAAGGCCCGAGUGACAUGCGCCCAAGCACGCAAUCACACAGGCACUUUGCAGCAAUUACAAGUGUCUUUCUUAGUACAGUUCGAUCUAAAGUCUGGAGAUCCUACACAAGAUCGAUGUGUGGCUGUGUAACCCUCUCAACAUCUAUCAUUACGCGGGUUGGAGUUCCUGGAGGUUUCCGUUUCCUCGACAGUGUGGAUGCUAACUCGGCAGUGAGAUUCAGCAGUCAACUGUUUGGUUUCGCAGGCCUGGACAGAACCUAUGUGGCGGUGUCUUUUUUGUGUUUAAGGGAAGAUUACUUCUUGAUCUGGAUGUGGUUGCUGUCACAGUCCAUAGCCAGCAAGUGGCCAGUCAUGGCAAGCUUCAUUCAUCACGAUGACACUCCCGCCGUUUGGAUUGCAAACUGCCCAAACUCUGAUUCCGAACACCUAGUCAAUUAUGAGCCAAGACACUUUGGUCGACUCCAUUGCGGAUGA